AUGAACAAAGAGCAGCAAAACGUCUCGGAGGUGGAUCUUGUUGCCGUCACCGGAUGCAAUACGCGAGCCAAGACUUCAAGCAAUGGUGGAGGAGAACCGAUCCCACUUGACCUAAUUGUCGAGAUAUGUUUGAGACUGCCGGCGAAAUCAAUAUCAAGAUGUCGCUGCGUAUCGAAGCUCUGGGCUUCCAUUCCUCGCCUUCCCUACUUCACGGAGUUGUUCUUGACCAGAUCUUUGGCUCUCCCGAAGAUAUUGUUUGCUUGCCGAAAAGACAGCCACGUGUUCUUCUUCUCCUCACCUCAGCCUCAUCAGAUUCUUGCAGAUGAUAACAACUCCCCUGUUUUAGCCGCUAAUUAUCUUAUGAAAAUUCCGUAUUAUUAUAUAAAUUCAUUUGAAAGCUGUAGUUCUGUCAGAGGAUUGAUGUUUCUUGGAGAUGUGCGGAUCUCAGAGGGAAAUGUCUCGGUGAUAUGUAACCUCAGCACGGGACAAUCUUUGACCUUACCGGAACCGAAGACGAGCAAGAGGAUGGGAACGAGGAGCUAUUUAGGGUAUGAGCCUAUAGAAAAACAGUACAAGGUAUUGUCCAUGACCUGGGAGUAUAAUUAUGGACACACAGAAGCCUGUGAGGAGCAUCAAGUUCUGACAUUAGGAACUCGAGAACCCUCAUGGAGAAUGAUCAAAUGUUGCACACCCUAUCUUCUUUAUCAUGAAUAUAACCAUGUAUGCAUCGAUGGUGUUCUGUAUUAUCAAGCCUUCAGUACGUUUACAAGCCAAUGCAUGGUCGUUCUCUUUGAUUUGAAAUCAGAGAAGUUCAGAUUUGUUAAAGACACAGGUUAUUCACAUCUGAUUAACUACAAUGGUAAAUUAGGUUCACUUUGGUCUCAUGAAUGGAAUUAUCGUAUCAACGGAAGUUGUACAAGUAUUAAGCUGCGGGUUCUACAAGAUGUUGAAAAGCAUGAGUGGUCGGAGCAUAUAUAUCAAUUGCCUGCUUUUUGGUCGAAUACUGUUGGGUCAUCCACAAGUUUACGUGUUGUUGGAGUGACUCGUACAAACGAAAUUGUGUUUUCAUUUUCCUAUAUAGAGAAGCCUUUCUACGUUUUCUACUACAAUACCGAGAGGAACACAAUCAGAAGAAUCGAAAUAAAAGGAUUGGAGUGUUCUUCCGUCCUUUAUGAAAGCAUGAAGACAUUUGGUGGAACAAGGCUAGUCUGUAAGACAUUGGGAGAAGCUGUGCGCAUGAAGUAA